CACGUAGAAUUUCUGAAACACUAAAUACAAUUAAUUUUCUCUAAAAGUUUUUAAAUAAUAUUCUAUAUGGUGAAGAUGAAAGUUGCUUCUACCCGCGGAUUUUUACAAAAAUCCCCUGGUAAACAGAGCCCCAACACGGUCCUCAAGAUGGACGAUAAAGCUGCAUGUAAAGAACUGGACCAGUGGAUCGAGCAACUUAAUGAAUGCAAACAAUUAACAGAAAAUCAAGUCAAAACUUUGUGUGAUAAGGCAAAAGAAAUAUUAGCUAGAGAAUCAAAUGUACAAGAAGUGAAAUGUCCUGUAACGGUAUGUGGAGAUGUCCAUGGUCAAUUCCAUGAUCUUAUGGAGUUAUUUAGGAUAGGAGGCAGAAGUCCUGACACAAACUAUCUAUUUAUGGGAGACUAUGUUGAUCGUGGAUAUUAUUCUGUAGAAACAGUCACCCUUCUAGUAGCCCUAAAAGUUAGAUACAAAGAAAGAAUUACAAUAUUGAGAGGUAACCACGAAUCAAGACAAAUUACUCAAGUUUAUGGGUUCUAUGAUGAGUGUCUGAGGAAGUAUGGUAAUGCAAAUGUAUGGAAAUUCUUCACAGACUUGUUUGAUUAUUUACCACUUACUGCACUUGUUGAUGGGCAAAUAUUCUGUUUACAUGGUGGUCUCAGUCCUAGUAUUGAUACACUGGAUCACAUCAGAGCUUUGGAUCGUCUCCAAGAGGUUCCACAUGAAGGUCCCAUGUGCGAUUUGUUGUGGUCAGAUCCUGAUGACCGUGGGGGGUGGGGUAUUUCCCCCAGAGGGGCCGGUUACACAUUUGGCCAAGACAUUUCCGAAACUUUCAACCACUCUAAUGGACUCACAUUAGUUUCGAGAGCCCACCAGCUCGUCAUGGAGGGUUACAAUUGGUGUCACGACCGAAACGUUGUAACCAUCUUCAGCGCGCCGAAUUAUUGUUAUCGUUGUGGUAACCAGGCUGCCAUUAUGGAAUUAGACGAUGCGCUAAAGUAUUCGUUUUUACAGUUCGAUCCAGCACCGAGACGUGGCGAGCCCCACGUGACCCGCCGUACCCCCGACUAUUUCCUAUAAGAACCAUGUUUAUCGAUAUUGUCAUAAUAUGCUUAGGUUUCAUACAUACACACAUUUACAUACUAUACAUACAUACAUGCAUAAAUGUUUAUAACAUCUGUUGUAGUGAAGGAAUAAAAUUCACUUUUGACGCAUUUCCUUCUCCCAUCGUAUCAAUCACAACCAGUUAUUAAAUUAAAUAAUAAUGACGUUGUCGUUUGUUGCAUUGGAAAACUGGUCAAAAAAAAAAUAUAUAUCUACCUACAAUAUUACAAUACAUAAUUAAAAAAGCGUUACGGGAAGCAAUUAAAAACAGUACAUAUAACAAUAGUAAAAAUCAGAAAGAUCAUGAUCAUGAUGCAGUUUUCGUGCGCUCGUUGUCGCUCUUUAUGUUCAUUCUUUUUCUAGUUAUUAUUUUUGUUCUUUUUUUUCUAAUUUUGUAAGUAGAAGUAUAAAGCUUCUUGGAAAGGGCGAAUGUUUGGUUCUGGAAUUUUUUUCUUUUUUAAUCCUUUAUAAAUGUUAAUUUUGUGCAAUAAUUGUCUUGAAUGUGACAAAAAUUGGGACACUAAGGAAAUUUUCAUCUAAUUUCUAAACAACAAAAAUUAUAUUGUGAUUAAUUAUUUACUAUUUAAUAUAAUUUUGCAUUUGAUCAAAAAAUGUUCAAUAGAAGAAAUUAUUACAGUAUGCAAACGAUAUUUUUCCAAUUAAUUUUGUUUUUUGGAGCCACAGGGCAAUAAUCAUAGUGGUAUCUCAUUCGUAAUUGUAGGAUAAAUUGAUUCAAACAGUGUAUUGAAAGCUUAAAAUCGUGUUAAUUGAUGCAAAAAAAAUGAAAAAUAGAAAAUUUUGAUAAACAUGUCUUUGAUGGUAUAAACAUCUCUUUUAAAUUAAGAUACGUAUUAGUAUAAAAUUAUGAAAAUACUUAACUAAAAAGUUUUUUCUUCUUUUUGUCAAAAUCGUUGCAAUAGGUCUGGAGUUUUUUUAUAUUUUUUUCUUGGAAACUUACUACUAGUGUCUAUUUAUCCUGCAGGAGAUACCGUGUGGGAGCAAUUCACUUCAUAUUUAUAGCCCUGUGACCUCCAGUAAUCUAGUCAUUCCUUGUUCAUCCAUUUAUAUACAUGCACAUUUAAAUCUUUAAAAGUUAACUAUGUAUUUCCAUUAGCUAAUAAAUAGAGUUAGCAUCUAUGCUGCAUUAAAGAAAUUGCUAGGUCAGUAUUAGUUAGGGAAUAUAUUUCCAAAAAAACCAAACACGACUUGUCCUCUUUCAAUAGCCUCAUGUAUGAUUGUAAAUAAAAAGAUUCCAGAACUUAUAUCGAUUACAACAGAAUGUGGAAACAAAAUCCAAAUGAUCAAUUAUGUGGGUGUGAUGAUGGUUUUUUAAAAUUUCACAAACAUUGUACUAUUUACACAAUAACAAGAAGAACAACACACAUAAACUGUAAAGUGAAAUGUAGUUAGAGGUAAAAGAUAUUGUAUUGGCUCUGUAUUUAGAUCUUAAAGAAAAAAGUGUUCUGUUUUCUUGUC